GUGUGUGUGACGUGAACGUUAAGUGUUUUUUUUUAAACCAGAUAUAGUUAGCUAGUUAGCUUUGCUUAGCAUCCUGUGGUAAACAAAUGACAAAAAAAGGCUAAAAGCUGAGAGUUUGUGGAAACGGGGCGGUUAGGGAAAUGAGUGGGCGGGCCAUGUGUGUGAAAGGGGCGUGGUCAGGGCAUGCAAGGCUACACAAAGGCGCAGCUGUGGCGCGAAAGUGGCGCGCGGGUGUGGUUUAUACAGUCUCGUGCUGCUUUUCUGCAGUAGGUGUAAAUAGACGCUUUUUUUUUUUUUAUUUAAAAGUCUUAGUUUGUUUUUGUUUUUCUCCCCAUCGUUCCCGGUCCUGAUUCUGGGUUUAUAAAACGCAAACCCAGGCGUUCUUCUGGCCGUUGGAGAUUAUUUUCCUCUCCUUUGUUCCGGAAGUUCAAUUGUUCGCUUUCUUUGUCCUUCAGCACUGGAUUCUGCUUCAUGUUCUUCUUCACGUUCUUCUUCUCCUGCUCUUUAAUCCGGACGUGAACAGAUGAGACGGUAAAUAAAGCCCCUCGAGUCUUCCCCUGAGUUUUCAGCCGCUGUGCGGUGUUGGAGAAGAUCUCAGAGGGUUGUGUGGACUUCAGGAACUUUGACUCUGCACUGCAGGGGUUUCCUGGUCCCUCUGGUUUUCUCCACCAAACUGAAAUGCGGGAAAAUCGUUCUUCCUUGUUGUUGGGGAAAUCGUGAGCGUGUGGAUUUGAGGUUGUGACUCCGGUUGUGUGUGGAUUAAACAUGGAGUGUGAUCACCACCAGCACUACUUCUACGACGAGAUGGAUGGAAGGAUCGAAGACUUCUUUACGUCCACGGCGCCCAGCGAGGACAUCUGGAAGAAGUUUGAGCUCCUCCCCACGCCGCCCGUGUCUCCCUCCAGGACCUUCCCCACGGGCCGCUCCUUACUCCCGCCGCCGGCGUCGGAGCGGAGCAUGUGGGCGUCGGACGAUUACGGCGUGCUUCCUCUGAAGAAGCUCGAUCCGCUGGACGUGUUCGGGAACCUGAGCUCGGUGGUGAUUAAGGACUGCAUGUGGAGCAGCGGCUUUAACGCCACCAGAGUGAGCCCUCGCUCAGAAACGCACCAGAACGAGCUCGCGCACGUGAACGCACCACGCAUCCCGAGCGCAGCGAGACAGGCUGACGUGCAGGUCACGAGGUGCGUGAACCCCGCGGCCGUCCUCAACCUGCCCGUGUCCCAGUCCAAAAAAACCCCGGCGUCCUCAGGAUCCGAGUCGCGCUCGGACUCGUCCGAUGAUGACGAGAUCGACGUGGUGACGGUGGAGAACCGGCUGAAGAAGCGCACUCGCACGCCCAUCACCAUCGCCGUGAGCGCCGACCCGCACGGCCCGCGCAAGAAGCACUUCCACAUCUCUCUGCACCGGCAGCAGCACAACUACGCCGCUCCGUCUCCCGAAUCCGACGACGAACACCACCGGCUCCACCCCAGCGACGACGACUACGACGGAGAAGAGCCGCUCGGCGAGCGAGCCCGGAUCGACCCCCCGCUCUUAUCUGCUCCGUCGUCCUCGUCCUCCUCCUCUUCUCCGGCUACCUCGGACUCCGAGGACUCCACCGAGCAGCGCAGGAACUUCCUGGAGAGGAAGAGGCGGGACGACCUGCGCUCUCGCUUCCAGAUGCUCCGGAACGAAAUCCCGGGUCUGUCGGAGUCGGCAAAAACCUCCAAGGUGGCCAUCCUGACCCACGCCACGGAGUACCUGCUGCAGCUGAAGGCGCGAGAGAGACGGCAAGCGCAGGAGAGGAAGAAACUCCGGGCCAGGAGACAGCUGCUGCUGCGCAAAAUCAGCGCCCUGAAGAAGCCAUGAACUCGAUCAGAUGUGUAUUUAUCCUGAAUAUAAAAGGUUACAGAUGUGGUGGGGUUUUUUUUUUCAGCGUAAAGCUGACACACACACACACACACACACACACACACACACACACACUUUUAUGCAAAGAUGUCGAGUCAAAUUCAGAAGUUACAAAUAAACUAGACCCAAUUACCUGAGACGCGCGCGGUGAGAAAUGCGGCGCAGCUAAACCCCGCGGAGAUAUCUAACCCGAGCGCACGCGGCCUUACAGAGCGGGAAACGCCCACCGCGCGCUUUACGCAGACUGACUGAGAAAUAAAACCUAUAAACUCCUGCAGGAACCAAAAUCUGAACUCUACUGGCGUCUAAUCCGGAGAAUCCUGUAGAAUCCGGAGAUUCUCGCACGGAGAUCGGAGUGUAUCAUGCUGUGAUCAGAUCGCGGGGAUCGUCGUGUCAUCGGUGUUUACUCAGGACUGGGGGGGGGAUGGGGGGGAUGGGGGGUAACACUGUUGGACUUGGGCAUGUGCUGAUGUCUGGUUCCUCGGUUCCUCAGUGAAUGUUCUGGGUGGAGGUUUCAGACCUGGGGGAGUAAAUGUAGGAAUUGUGAGAUUGCUUAAAUUUUAGCACAUGCCUAGGUAAGUCAUACUCGGGGUCUGUGUGUGUGUGUGUGUGUGUGUGUGUGUGUGUGUGUGUGUGUGUGUGUGAUGAUUAAACUGGACAGGUGAUCAGGUCUUAACGCCAGGUGAACUUUGCACAUUAGGAGCAGGAAGUGUUUGUGUUUUUCUUCUUGAUAAGAAUGAGAUGAUCCAUUUAUAUCCUCAUGGUUGUGUGUGUGUGUGUGUGUGUGUGUGUGUGUGUGAGUGUGAGUUUGAGAGUGAGAGAGGGGUGGUGAUGAAAUACACAAGCUGUGGUGGUGCAGUGGUGUGUUAACAAUGCACCUCUUUCCAUGUUUACCUCAAUUACCUCAGUUGUGUGUGUGUGUGUGUGUGUGUGUGUGUGUGUACACAUGCAGUUGUGAUUGCUGUAGCAUUUGCACAUGCUCAGUGGAGGUUUUUUGUCUUUUGUUUUGGACACGACUCGAAUCUGCACGAUGGUGUUGUAAAUACUUCGUCAUUUGUGUUUUUCACAUCACAGAUUCUAUUUUGAUAAAAAAUAAAAAUAAAUGCAGUUUAAAAAACGUAAAACUUUUUUCUGUGUGUGUGUGUGUGUGUGUGUGUGUGUGAGAGUUGUGUGUGUGAGAGUUGUAUGAGGAAGAAAAUUAACCACAAGUCAACGGACAGUUUAACUUCCCUGACCUGCACGACUGGUUACACACACACACACACACACACACACACACACACACACACACACACACACACACACACACACACGUGCGCGCACACAAAGUGUGUGAAGGUGCAUCGGAUUGAAAUAAAGAAGGGAAAUUAUGCAGGCUGUUUUUAUUUGUUUUUUUUUGUUUGUUUUGUUUUUUUUUUAAAAGAAAAAAAACUUGUUCACACAGACACACACUUGUUUAACUGGUUUGGCUGAGGUGAGCACAGCCCAAGCGUGUGUGUGUGUGUGUGUGUGUGUGUGUGUGUGUGUGUGUUCUCUCAUAUCCCUCUAUUUGUAAUACACUGUGUGGAUGUAAGAGGAAGCGGUGACUCGUGCACACUUUCCCCUCGGGAGUUUUCACCAUCGCGUGUGUCCUCUGGAUUACGACACUCGCCCCACUGCCUCUGUGCCUUAAAUUCAUAUUUUACAUUUGUUCCCCUGUGUGUGUGUGUGUGUGUGUGCGUGUGUGUGUGCGUGUGCGUGCGUCUCACACUUCUCCUUCAUCUUCUCCUUUUCUGUGCUGCGUGCAGACGUUUUUUCUGUGGAAUAUUGAAGCCCUGUGCACUUCU